AUGGCAAGAGAGAAACAAGUUAGACGUUUGGAUAUUGAAAUAAUCAUCCAGCAUGUGAGUCCCCUUGAAACUACAGUGGCAAUUGAGUGCAGCAGCAGUACCUAUACAUUUCUGAAAUGUGAAUUACGUAAGCAUGACUUCAGGAUAGACUUCAGGAACUUCAACAAAGACUUCAGGACAUCACAGAUGACAAGAUCCUCCACUAAGCCUGUAUUUCAGUACGUUAUUAAGAAUGCUACAGCACAGGAUGAAGGGUACUACUCCUGUGAUUGCUCCACUGCAGAUGAUUAUUCUAUAGGGGGUGAUCAUGCUCCUUUGAUUCUAAGUCAUCAAAUAGAGGAACCACAAAUAUACAUGGAAGAAGACACUGGUACACCAGUUUGUGCCAGCAAGAACAGCAACUAUAAAUAUGAUAAAUGUGCUCUGUAUCUAAGUGGUCAGUAUAAAGAAUCUACACAUAUUUGCUUUGAUAUCUUUUGUGUUUUUGGCAUUGAACAUCCAUCUGCUCGGAAUAAUUUAACCUGCUCAUGUUACGUGGCUGAAGUAUCAAGAUGGACUCAUCACAGUUCUGCUUUUACCAAUGAACAAACAUGGCAUUUGGAGAAGCCACAUAUUGAAGUAAUUAUCCAUGGAUCAGCUCACUCUGGGACAAACGUGACAGUUAAAUGUAGUACCUACAAAUUAAUUGAGAUUGAGUGUGAACUUCAUAAAAAUACACAACAGAUAGCAAAAAUGACAAGAUCCCCAUCUGACUCUCUGCUUUACUAUGACAUUCAGAAUGCUGCAGCAGAGGAUGAAGGUUUUUAUCAAUGUGAUUGUGGCUAUAGAAGCCCUGACUUUACAAUCAAGAAGACAAGUCCUCAUGUUCCUUUAAUCCUGAGUGAUCAGGUGGACGAGCCAGAAAUACAACUGGUUGAAAAAGAGACUGAGAUUGUAUGUGCCAGCAAAAACAGAAGAUAUGUAUACUGGCUGUGCAUUUUGUAUCAAAAUGGUCACCAAAUACGAGAUGCCUUUCCAGAGAAUAGUAGUACUGAUCGUGUUUCCUUUGAUGUCACUUGCCUACCUAGUGGCAGUAAUUUCACUUGUCUAUGUUAUACGAAAGACCCAUCAAAAUGGACUCGCAGCAGUUCUGUUAUUGUUAAACGAGGAAAGUGUAAGUGUUGUCAUUAG